AAUACUUAACCGCAAACAGGUUUACUGCGUCAUUCGAGUGAAUCGACCCUAGAUAGAAGAGCUUCUGCAACACAACAACACUACCUGACUUUACCAUGACUGUUAAAACUGGUUAUUGGAAUAUUCGUGGGUUCAUGCAACCCAUUCGACUUCUUUUGGCCCAUGCCGGGGUUGAAUAUGAAGACAAGCGUUAUAAUUUUGGACCGGCUCCCGAUUAUGACGGUACCGAGUGGUUGAACGACAAGUUUAACCUUGGUCUUGAUUUUCCGAAUUGCCCUUACUACAUUGAUGGAGAUGUCAAGCUUUCACAAACUUUUGCCAUUCUGAAGUAUUUGGGACGCAAACAUAACAUGGCAGCUAAGACUGAGGAGGAGCAAAUCAGAGUGGACUUGAUUGAGGCAGAAGCUGAAGAUAUGCGCACUAAGUGGUCCACACUGUGCUAUCAUGAUGAUUUUGAGAAGAUGAAACCAGAUUACAUUAAAAAUGCUCCAGUGAAAUUGAAGGAAGUUUCCACCUUUCUGGGAAGUCAUCCAUAUUUUGCAGGACAGAAUAUUACCUACAUUGACUUUGUAGUCUAUGAGUUAUUGGACCAUAACUCUCAAUUGAUUCCUGGGAUACUUGAUGAAUUCCCAAAUCUGAAAGAAUUUCACGCGAGAAUCGGAGGGCUAGAGAAAGUUGCAGCUUAUCUGAGUUCGGAUAAAUGCAUCAAGAAUCCUUUUAAUGGACCUAUAGGGGCCUUUUGGGGACAGUGGGGCGGAAAAUAAGCUAAAUGGUGGUAACCACUAUAAUCAUAUCUGUAAAUUUAAUCUGGUUUUUAUUUGUUUGGCUAUACG